UUGAGACUCCGCGCAGAACCGCCGCGUUGCUCUUUAAAGAAAACUAAUUCAACUUUCCUUACGUCACGGGAAGAAACAUUGUGAUCGUACCCGCGAAAUGAACUGAGCUUUUGAAAAAAAGAACGCUUAACUUUUUAAAUUACCAAGUGAAACGUGUUGGACUGUUCACAAAAAAAAAACAUGUUGUGGGAAGCGAACCUACUCGAGGAAUCGGAUACGAUGCCACAGACGGUGCCACGGUCCGGGUGCAGCCCGCCGUCAGCGUCACAGGACGAGAGGGCAGUCCCGGGCUCCCCCGCCGACCUGCACCACCUCCUCCGCCUCCUCGGCGCCGCCUCACCCCCUGACUCCAUGCUGCACUCCCCCCCAAACCCACACUCCAAACCACCCCCACCCUAUCCGGAAGACAACAACUUCCUCGAACGAUUAUACGACUUCGAAUAUCAAAAUCCGUCCCCAGCAUCAGAAGACACAAUCCCCACAGUCGCACUCCAACCGCCCUCACCCUACAAUAUCCAAUACAACUCCCCACCAGUCUACAUAAAGGAAGAACCAAACAGACUCUCCGUCCCUGGAUUCGCUUCUCCAUACCCCUUGUCCCCUUCAGGGUCCUGCGCGUCCUACGGCAGUCAAAACCACUACUCAUCGCCAGUACCACAACACGAAGAAUACAUCGACAUCGAAGAACUACUUAAAGAAAAUCAAAUAUUACAAGAGAGUGUACAACACACAUACGUCACACCAAAAAUUGAAAUUGAGGAGCCGAGAGAUCACAUUCUCCUUAGGUCAGCGCUCGAAGAUACGACGUUUCAAAAACGGUUUAAUUUAAAACCUAUCCCAUUGGAAUUGGGUACAGUGAAAAUGGAAGAGAGCAGUGGAGGUGAUGACGCGUUGGUGGCGCCUGAUAUCGACCGCGUGCUGUCUAUGGCAAUUGAACAGUCGAAAAGAGAUGUGGACAAUACUUGCACAGUGCUGGGAAUCUCACCAGAUCCAAUGCUAUGGAGUACAGGAGACGUGAAGUCGUGGGUGAUGUUCACACUGCAACACUACAACUUGCCGAUGGUCCCUGUGGAGUAUUUCGCGAUGGACGGAGCUGCACUUGUAGCCUUAACAGAAGAAGAAUUCAAUCAAAGGGCACCACAGGGUGGUAGCACGUUAUAUGCACAGCUGGAGAUAUGGAAGGCUGCGAGACAUGAAGCAUGGAGAACUUCGCAAUGGCCUGAACAGCAAGCUUCUCCGAAACCAACGCCUGCUGGUCUGCCAUCAGCUGACGACAUGAGUGAUGACGAAGACUCUGAAUCAGCGGGUACCAGUGCUAAUACAGCUGGUGGGAAGGCAAAGUCUGGAAGCACACAUAUACAUCUAUGGCAAUUUCUCAAGGAACUACUGGCGUCCCCACACAUCCAUGGAUCUGCAAUUCGGUGGUUAGAUCGAAGUAACGGUGUGUUUAAGAUUGAGGAUUCAGUGCGCGUCGCCAGACUAUGGGGCAAGAGAAAGAACAGGCCGGCUAUGAACUACGACAAGCUGUCCAGGAGCAUCAGGCAAUAUUACAAGAAGGGCAUCAUGAAGAAAACUGAGAGGAGCCAAAGGCUCGUCUACCAAUUCUGCCAUCCGUACUCCUUAUAAAUACUCCAUCGCUGUAGUCCUAAGUUAGUGUAAAUAUUUAUAAAAUGUAAAUAGGGGUGUGAGAGAGCCGCGGUAAUGCGGACGUGAUGACAACUCGUUGAGUUUUGCCACUCACACGCAAAUCUCGACGCAGUUCAUAAGUUUUGAACGACCGAAUUUCUGACAGUCAGUCGACAUCGGAUUAUUAGGCGUCAGUAGCCCUCCAUAAAAUUCGAGAAAGGUAAUUUUCUCUAGAAUUCUACUGGACGGGUAUUCGCUGUAUGCGUUAGUCACUAAGUUUUUUUUUACCAGCGAUUAGGGGAAAGCAAGAGAGUGAGAUUAUUUCGAAUAUUUUUAUCGACUCAUGUCACUUGCUCUCUUCGAAAGCUGGUAAUGUUUAUCCCAUAUAUCUAUGAUAUAUUUCUAGUACGUUCUAUGAACUUUUAGAUAUUAGUAUCGUGUAAAUAAAGUUUAAAUCAUAAAAUAAAAAGAAAAAUAACAAAAAUAUUAAGCAAAACGCCUGUCUUGCUUUAUGCAAUUAGAUAUAAGUACUCAUCAUAAUAAGUGAUAUAAAAUGAGAUUAUUCUCGAGAUGUCUAAGAUAAUAUAAUUAAAUAAUUUAAUAGUUUUAUGUGAAUAAUUUAAUAUAAAAAUGACAAGUUAUGUCAAAAAGGACAAGUUAUGUCGAAAAACAGGACAAGUUAUGUCGAAAAAAAGGACAAGUUAUGUCGAAAAAAGGACAAGUUAUGUCAAUAAAUAUUUAAUUUUAAGUUUAUAUUAGCGGCGGAUCUUGUGAUUGAAACUUGGUGCUUAUUGGAAAAAAAUUAGAAUUUUGUGCCAAAUAGACUUUACUUAAAUUUUUUUUUAGGGACAAAAUUUAAAUUGUGAUUUUUGCCACCCGCCGAUGUAAAUAUUGUCAAAUGUAUUUGCAAUAUCUUGGUGAUGGUAUUUUAAGAAAUCUAGUAGUUAAGAUGCAGUUAGCGUCGAAAUAUAAUUUAGAUGUUGGACCAAACUAAUCUAGAGUUAUUCAUUGUAAUGUCACAAUAAAAUUUAAUGGCCAUUU